ACCGCUGGAAUUCCUGUCACUUCUCAGUAUCUCCGUGAAUAUGGCUUUACCGCCCUUCUUCAACCCGGGUCGCCCGGGCCCGCCGCCCCCGCAGCCCCCGCCUCCUACUCCUUUCGGCUGUCCGCCACCGCCGUUGCCCUCCCCGGCUUUUCCGCCGCCUCUUCCCCAGCGGCCCGGCCCUUUUCCGGGGGCCUCUGUCCCCUUCCUCCAGCCUCCGCUGGCUCUGCAGCCUCGGGCCCCCGCGGAAGCCUCCCGCGGCGGCGGCGGCAGCGCUUUCUACUCGGUGCCGCCACCGCCGCUGCCUCCGCCGCCGCCCCAGUGCCGGCCCUUCCCGGGGACCGAUGCUGGCGAGCGCCCGAGGCCACCGCCUCCAGGCCCGGGGCCGCCCUGGAGCCCACGCUGGGCUGAGGCGCCGCCGCCGCCCGACGUGCUUGGGGACGCGGCCCUGCAGCGCCUGCGCGACCGGCAGUGGCUGGAGGCGGUGUUCGGGACCCCCCGGCGGGCGGGCUGCCCGGUGCCCCAGCGCGCGCCCGCCGCGCCCAGCCUAGGCGACGUACGCGCGCGGUUGCGUGGUGCUCUGCGCCUGGUGCGGCGGCUUCGUGGCCUGGGUCAGGCCCUGCGCGAGGCGGAGGCCGACGGCGCGGCCUGGUCCCUAUUGCAUGCCCAGGCCGCGCCGCUGCGCACCGAACUAGCUGAGCGGUUACAGCCACUGUCCCAGGCCGCCUAUAUGGGCGAGGCGCGGCGGAGGCUAGAGAGGGUCCGGCGCCGCCGGCUGCGGCUUCGCGAAAGAGCCCGGGAACGCGAGGCCGAGCGGGAGGCGGAGGCCGCGCGGGCAGCGGAACGCGAGCAGGAGAUUGACCGCUGGCGGGUCAAGUGCGUACAGGAGGUGGAGGAGAAGAAGCGGGAGCAGGAACUCAAGGCUGCUGCUGACGGAGUCUUAUCUGAAGUGAGGAAAAAACAAGCAGACACCAAAAGAAUGGUGGACAUUCUUAGAGCUUUGGAGAAAUUGAGGAAACUGAGGAAAGAAGCAGCAGCAAGGAAAGGGGUCUGUCCUCCAGCCUCAGCAGAUGAGACUUUUGAGCACCAUCUUCAGCGACUGAGAAAACUCAUUAAAAAACGCUCUGAACUAUAUGAAGCUGAAGAGAGAGCCCUUAGAGUUAUGUUGGAAGGAGAACAAGAGGAAGAGAGGAAAAGAGAAUUGGAAAAGAAACAAAGAAAAGAAAAAGAGAAAUUUUUACUUCAGAAACGUGAAAUCGAGUCCAAGUUAUUUGGGGAUCCAGAUGAGUUCCCACUUGCUCACCUCCUGCAGCCUUUCCGACAGUAUUACCUCCAAGCCGAGCACUCCCUGCCAGCACUCAUCCAGAUAAGGCAUGAUUGGGAUCAGUACCUGGUGCCAUCCGAUCAUCCUAAAGGCAACUCCGUUCCCCAAGGAUGGGUCCUUCCCCCGCUCCCCAGCAACGACAUCUGGGCAACCGCCAUUAAGCUGCAUUAGGAAAGAUGCUCCAGGAGUGUGGUCCAGCCAACGCUCUUUCCAGCUCUAAAUAUUAGUGAUGUUGCCAUCUUAUGCUGUAGACUAAACCAUAACUGCUAAACUCCCUGUGUCAAUGCCCUAGCCUAAAGUUAUGCUUUCUUAUAUGCUCUGUCCUGGCCAGAGGUACCUCUUGAAUCAGGAGAUUAAUAUUGUUCUUUGGGGAGGGGCUGGGGAUAUACCUCAGUUGGUAGAGUGCCUGCCUCACAUGCACAAAGCCCUGGUUCAAUCCCCAGCACCAUAAAAACAAUAUGGUUCUUCAGGAAAGGACCUAGGUGAAUUGAGGUUAUUACCACAGGUAGUGACCUUGGUUCACUAAAUUUGCCUCUGUUUUGAGGGGCUUGGUCUAGAGUGACUUAUUAAUUUAGUCUAGCUUCCUUGUAUGGUGAUGGGUAAGUAUACUCAAUACACUUAAAUACUCAGAACAAGUGUGUGCUGGGUGGAUUUAGCAGCCCGUCACCAAUAACUGAGCGUAAAGGCAAGCUUGAUGCAAAAACCUUCUUACCUUCCUACCUAGAGAACACUAACUCCCUGGGGUAAAGGUCAAAAGCCUUCAGUUUUCUUAAUCCUAGUUUUUGUGCAGCUUGGGAGAUGGCAAGUUAGGAAGAUGGCAGUGGCUACAGGCUGGGCUGCCAGAAAACAUGAUGGCCUAGUCUCAGUAGUCAUGCAGAGAACUUAGGAAAUCUGAAGAGUACCCAUAUUCAAAUUGGAUCAUGUUUUAGUGGACAUGGACAAUGACUGUAUUUUCCUCAUGUUCUCCGUUCUAGUGAAACCACCUGGUUUUUGAAGUUCCUAGGAGUCUAGUUUUUUCAGAAUCUCCCAGAAUAGAAAGUUCUCUGUGGGAGUGGGACCUUAAUCUCAGUCACAUUGUAGGAGGCUGGUUUAGCUGUGGAAUUUUCUUAGGAACUCAAGCUUCCCAAAACAUCCAUGUAGUCAUAGUUGGGAGAAAAGGAAAUAAGAAUGACAAAAUUUAUUUUUUAUAUUCAUUAAUAAAUGCUGUUGAGAUGAUCUGUCAUAUAACAUGUCAACUUUUGUUUUGGUUUGUUUUGAUUUUUGCCAAUUUUGUUAUUUAAUUUCUGAAAAACUAAA